AUGGAAUCCUCUUCCCCCUGCAGUGUCGUCACUGACGAGCUACCAGCACCGGUGGAGCACAAGGUGGCCGCUGCCGACUCCAAGACGACCUUAGAAGAGGCAGGGCAGUCCACCGUUUGCUGCAGCAGUGAAGAUGAAUACAACAGCGGAGGUGUUUACCCCAGCGACGAUGAACGCCAAGACAGUGACGCCCCGGCGCAGCAAACGCAACAGCAGCAAACCCCACCACCGGCUGCCCCGAAAGUAGUAGUACCUGAAUUGCAGCUUCCUAGGCAGCCCUCUCAUAUGCCUGGGGUACAAACUGCUGGAUAUACGUACACCAUCAGCAGUCUCGAGGACGUCACCGUAGAGCAGCCGCCGUCUUCCUGGCUGAAACCCCGUAUCAAGAUCGAUGGCCCAGAGGUCUUUCAUGGCUUGCUGAGGGCUAAUGAUGAGAACCUGCCCGCUCACGAAACAGUACCAUCUACAGAGACGUUCGUUUCCUUCCAGGGACAGUGGCGCGUGGUGACCUCUGCGGGCACGAGCUCGUAUAUUGGCUCAACUAUGAACCCCUGGGACCCUUCAACUGCUGCUUACCCGCUGCCUAUUACCUACAAGGUUGCAGACGACGCAGUUGUUGUGAGGGAUACAACUCCAUCUCCCUCCCGGGCUGACUCCCGCCUCGGGUUCUUCGAGCGCUUCCGCCGGUUCUUCUGCACUUCCAUUGCAGAAUACAUGCAAAGCUGA